CCUUGGCUAGUUUAGCCAAGUAAAUUAAGCUAAUCAGCCCCUCGAACCCACACAGAAUUAAUAUCCAGUCCUUUGGUCUUUUUCUUUCUUUAGGUUAUUUCCUCUCUGUGUGUUUCUUUUGCAUAUACGCCCCUGUGUAAUUGUUGAUUUAUGGACCUCGCGCCGACGCCGGCGCGGCGGCCCAUGGAGCCCGGCAUGGCGCGGCGGCUGUGGCACGUCGUGCUCGCCGUGUGCCACAUGCUGCGGCGGGGCCUCAGCCGGAAGCGCGUCAUGAUGGACCUCCACGUCCUCCUUGGCCGCGGCAAGCUCGCCGGCAGGGCGCUGCGGGGCCUCCUCGCGCACCACGCUGCGGCGGGGCACGGCGGCCACCACCUCGCCGCGUACCGCGGCGGCGGCGGCGGCGUCGGCGCCUCGUCCUCCGCGCUGGCGUCGUUCUACGGCCGCCCGCGGGAGGUGGAGUUCAGCUGCACCACUACGCCGUCGUACCCGAACUACGGGCUGUUCCCUUUCACCAAGGGCCGCGGCGGGCGGCGCGGCGGAGGCGGCGGCGGCGGCGAGUACGGGGGACUCGACGCGGCGGCGGUGGCGCGGGCGUUCGAGAUGAUGAGCGCCGAGGUGGAGGCCAGCGGGGAAGGCACGCCGUCGGUUCAGGCCGCCGGCUGGGCUACCGCCACGCCGUCGCCGAUGGUGGCGUGGAUCCUCGGCCGCAGCCCGGCCGGGGUCCGCCCUCUCCGCGUCACCGACUCGCCGUUCCCCGCCGUGCCAGAGGACGGAGGCGGCGGCGAGCAGCGCGUCGACGCCGAGUUCGAGGACUUCAUCAGCAAGUUCUACGAGCAGCUCCGGAUGCAGCCGUCGACGGCCACGCCGGACUGCCAGCUGCGCCGCCGCGCGUAGCCCAACAUCCGUCUGUCCCACCGCCGCCGCCACCGCCAUUGCUGCACGCCUGCACCGGCGCCACCGCCGGCCCCGCCUUGUACGUUAAUUCGAUCGAUCGUGUGGUUGCAUGCAUGCAUGGGCGAUGCCGAUGCAACGGAGAAUUUCUACUACAUACUUGCCGCUAUACGCGCGUACGUACGUACGUACGGUGUAUACGAACGUACAAUACGUCCACGAAUUAAUUGCUGUACCAUGAUUGGUAUCUGGGCUACGUACAUCGGUAUUCUUCACGCCAUUUCAAUUGAUUUGACAUCAUUUUUUUUUCUUGCCAGUUUUUAACUCGGUCAUUAAUUCGACUAGUGUUUUUCUCGGCAAGAAAAUUUUAUACAAAGCGAGAGAAUUUUGCUGCGGUGACUCAUGGCU